UGUAAUAUGUGAGACAACAGGUGAUCAGGUGAGUUUGUUGAAUAUUUGGACUUGAUUUCAGUUCAUUUUAAGUAAAAGAUGUUAUACAAAAAUUACCGUUCUUUAGAUCUGAUCCAGGUUUGUGGUACAAUCAAUCAAUCAUCCUAAAAUCUGCAUCACUUUGUUAAAACUUUAAAGGAAAAUACUCCAAUGACUCCAAAGCAGCAGAAGUUAUGAUGUAAUAAAGAACAUAGUAUAAAUUAUAAAUCCUUCAUUUCUUUUUCACUCUUUUCCAGUUAUAUUUAAAUUACAUUAUUAUAUUUCCAGUUAUAUUCAUUAUUGAAGUUAUUUAGUAUUUGGGAGGUAAUUUAUCCUCUUUUUCCCUCUGAGCGACAUACUGAGGUUUCUCUUUGACUUUUUACAAAGAAAUGAUCUGGUGCUUUUUUCUUUUUUAAUUAAGACAUUUAAGCCAAACUCAAGGUCUGAUAAUUGUAUGCUUGUGAUUAGGAUUUGUUCUAUCAAAUGUCUUUUUUUACUCAUUUUCAGGUUUUUGUGUUUAAGACAUCAAUAUCAAGUUCUUCCAGCCCCACCCUUGGAAAUCCACACUCAGAGUCUUUGACCAACACCACAGAGGAAUCUUGAAGCUGAAAGAUUUUUAAAUCCUCCAUCCUGAAGGCUUCCAGUAGAUUACACUACCUGAGGACACCUUCAGUCAUUACCAUGGCAACUUCAUUACAAACAACAAGUGAAAGGUUAUCAGUAGCUCUUUUAAACAUAAAUGGUCUGAGGCAUAAAAUGGAUUAUAUUCGACACAUAAUAUCCCGGGAUAAGGUCCAUGUUUUUGCUCUGUGUGAAACUAAAUUAGACGCUUCAGUUGAAGACAGAAAAGUUGGUAUUCCAGGUUUCAGGUUGUGGAGGAGGGACAGGAAAGAGAAAAAAGGAGGGGGGGUUGCUCUCUAUGUUAAGAAUGAUAUUGAAGCUAAAGAAAGGACCGACCUGAUGAGGACUACAGCAGAGAUCAUUUGGGUUGAGUUGGACAUUACUGGCAGCAGACCAGUUCUACUGGGAUGUUUUUACAGACCACCAAAUAGUGAUAGAGAAUAUUUGGAUAAACUGUAUGAAAAUAUGACUUUAAUGUUAAAAGAGAAGGAGGAGAAAGACAUUUUUGUCAUGGGAGACUUUAACAUUGACUGGAGCAAAGAUUCUCUGCUGAAUUAUAUUGCUUUGAAAGUUUCAUUUCAUUGGGGGUUUCAGCAGAUCGUAGAAGAUCCCACCAGGGUGACCGAUACAUCAGCAACGUGCAUUGAUCACAUUUAUACGAAUGUUCCAGAUCUUUGCUCAGAACCUGAAUCGAGCGAAACUCGUUUCAGUGACCAUAACCUCAUUACUGUCACUGUCAAUAAGGAUAUUCCUAAGGGGGUUGGAUGGUUGAACCAAGACUUCAUUCCAGAGACAUUUCAGACUGAUAUUAAAAGUGUUGAUUGGAAGGAUGUCUAUGAGGAGUUUGAUCUUGAGAAAGCUCUGACCAUGUUUACUAAGAAGUUUCUCACAAUAGCCACUAAAAAAAUUUAUAAAACUUUAAUAUCUGAAAGAGAUAAAGCAGAAGGAGAGUUAUGUGAAUAUGUGAAAAAACAAGUUUUAAAGGUUUUUAACAAAAAGACGAAAGAAACAUUCCAGCAAACACUCGAAGAAGCUAAAAAUGAUCCUAAUAAGCUUUUGAAAGUACUUAGAGAGUUUUUGGGAGAGAGUUUGCCUUCAUAUGUGAUCAACAUUACAGAAGAAGGAGCUGUGACCUCUAAGGUAGAACAUCUGGAUCAGCUCUGUCAAACCUACACUGGAACCAAAGACUUAGAGUCCAUCUUUGAAGGUUCCAGAGAAGAUGAGAGAUCAGGUUUAUUUAGCUUUAAAGAGAUUGAUGCUGAAACAGUGAAGAGAUUAUUGAAGCAUCUCUGUGAUCAUGUGACUCAUGGAAUCUAUGAAACUGAAGCUAAGCUGCUGAAAUGUUCAGCUGAUGACAUCUUUGUUCCCAUCUGUCACAUCCUGAACAGAUGCAUCAAGAGUGAAAAGAUUCCUUUUGAGAUGAAAGAGUUUAUGAGAAUCCCAUCUUCCCUGAAUAACAUGACUCAGCUCAGAGAUGUUAAUAGUCUCCACAUUAUGUUAGGUUGGAUCCUUGAUACCGUUCUGUUUUUACAGGCCAAGCAGCAUUUUAUUGAUGAGAGCCUGAUCCCUUCAGCAACAGUUCAGGAUGAAAUUAAUCAAAUAGAAACUGCUUGGCUGAAAGCAACAGCAGAAAGGAAAAUAGUUCAAGCUGUGUUCUUGGAUUUCAGUUUUUCCUUUUACACCAUCAGAUAUGAUCUUCUAAUUGAAAAACCAUUUUGUCCUAGUUUCUCAUUUUCAGCUCGUUCUCUGAUAAAAAGCUUUCUUUCCAUUGGUCAAGGUCCUUGCGGUCUUCCUCGAGGAAGCCUCCUCUCUCAACUGCUCUUCACCGUCUUUAUCAAGAGUCUCUUAGGCACACCCUCUGCUGUUAUCUGUGAUGGUUGUGUCAUGGUUUACUGUGAAGGAAGAAACUCUCAGGAGUUAAAGAUAAUUUUAGAUAGAAAAAUAAAAUCAGUAAAUGAUCGAGCUGAGAGAUUCAAUAUUUCAUUUGCAGAAACCAGACCAGAACCAUUCAAAACCAGGGAUAAAGACAUUUUUGACAUUCUUCAAUCUCUGUAUCAGAGCCAUAAAGAUCAGUUAAACUGGAUCAGAGCUUUGGGGAUCAUAAUGCAGAACCAUUGUGAUUUGAACAGUGAUCAGAUCUUAGAAAAACUAGAGGAAUUUUGGUAAGAGACUUCUUGAAGCCGUUUCUGCUAAGAAGAGUGGAAUCAAUUUUCUGCGGCUGUCUAGACCAGAACUCAGAGCUUAGAGAUGUCAGAAAGUUUGUUGGAUAGUAAGUAGUUAGAUAAGUAAGACAGUAAGUCAGUCAGUCAGACAUUGAGUUUGAAUAAGCCCUUUAUAGCCCCUUCUGGGAAAUCUACUAGCAUUUAUACACCACACUCAGUGGUGCCCAGGGAGAACCCUGCGGUUCAGGAUCUAACUCAGCUUAACAAUCUGAACCUCCCCAGGACGCUAAAACUCUCCAACCAUUAGGUAACUGCUGUGUCACAAUGCAUCUGCAAAUUAAGGCUUAAAUCAGUUGCAACCAGACUUUGGUUCAGUUUUUCUGAAAGUAUUCUAACACCUAAAUAGAGACUUUAUUAGCUCGCUCUACAGCAGUUCUUGAACCUGUUCAUCUGAUUUAAAGGAUUAUAUGACAUCCUCAGCCGCCAUCAUGUGCUGGAGAAACAUUGAUAAUUGUUUUAUAUCAGUUGGAUGUGUCGAAAUGAGGACAAAUCUAAGGUACAGAAGGCAGUAGUACUUGGGGUUUGGGAUUGAGAACCACUGCUCUAUAGCAGCUCUAGUUGGAGCUCUGUUGUUUUUAAUCCCUUGGAUAACUUUCCUCCUGGAUGAAUUCAAAGUCAGAGAAAGAAAUUAUUAGUUACAUCAUGAUUCCUAGCAAAUAAAUCUGGAGUUCCUGCUUUAACUUUUAUUUAUUCAGUUUUGUACUCAGUUCUGUCCAAACAGGCAGCUACAGCUCCUGCUGCAGCUUCAUCUUCCUCCACCUCUCUUCUCCUUUAGCUCCUGCCUCCUUGCUCCUUUACAAGGACAUGCCGUCUCUCAUACACAUUAAUUACAAGCACUUGACUUUAGUCUGUAUCGCUGUUUUCAUAAAAUUUGCAUGUGAAUUCUGAGUAUUCUAUUGAAUUACAAAAACAUGUGAAUUACCCUGUAUCAGCAAUGAAAAACAGAAAACAUCUUAGUGAGCAUAAAAACCUUUCAUGCUAAAUGUAAUAAAUUGAUUUUAAUUUUAUGUUUUCCAUCUAUCAUUGAUGGAAACACAAUUUGUUAUCAAAGAGAGUCUGUGGGAUUUCUGAUUAAAGAAUGCAAAUAAGUCUUUUCCUUAAACCUAAAGAACAUUUAUUUCCAUAAAGCAGAAGAUAUUAAACUUAUUGUUUACUUUGUUUCCUUCGUCAGUAAUAUCAUUAUGCAUAAGCUCAUUUUAGCUCCUGAAUCCUUUUAUGAAGAUAAAUAAUUUUCUUGUUUUAUAUUUAACAAAUAUUUGUGAAUAUUAAUGUCAAUAAUAAUUAAACACAGUAAAAUGUUUCAUAUUAAU